AUGCCCACUCCAUCAACAGGCAUCUGGACCUUCCUGCAGCUUACAAAGUCCAACUUUGUCACAAUCAUAGAGGUCAGUACCAAACAGCCACACGGGAAUUAAGAAGGCCGUACGGAGAUAGCCUGACGCUGAGUUUACUCGGUGAGGAAGAACAAGAACCGCCAGACCGACCACUCGACAAAGGUUCAAUCAGCUCCCCUCAACGGAGUGGUGACUCACAAAGCACACCUGCAAAACGCCCGUCAACCAUCGCCCAAGAGGCCGAGGCAGCGAGAGGAGAGAAAAAUCGAUCAGCAUGAGACCGACUAACACAACAUGCCACUUUAAAUUAAAUUUCUGAUCGAUCAAGUGUAUUUUACGCUUUGACAAUGGAGAACCGACCAAUCUCUUUGAAACGUCAGCAUUUAAAUAAACCUGCUCCGGAGAGCCUAUCUUCUUCUUUUUCUUCCUCAAAUUAGUACAUUAGGUGCGAUAACUCCAUGAAAUAUCAUGAUUUAUCACAGGAAAAUCCCUGCUACGCAAAGUCCAUCCCAACUGCGUUCCCCUCAAAGUCUUGUAGCAGUGAAAAACGACCGUUCUUAGAAAGUAGGCAUGUUUGGGUUUAUAAAUUAAUAUUCGCUAACGUGGAAACAACUAGUUUUCACGGAAAACUACCAUUUCAGAAAAUGGAUGUAUUACAAAUCGCUUAAGUAGGGCCAACUAUAAGAGUGCAUAAGGAAAAUAAUGACAGGUGCAAAAGAUCAGUACUUUAUUGAUUGACCACUUGCAUUUAUCACAACAGAAAGUAUCUACGACAUGGAGAUGUCCAGGUUGUGUAUAGUAAAUUAUUCAAUGUGAUUAACUAGCACAGAACCAUGCUUCUUGCAUUGAAUGCUUCUUGUUCGUCUUGUGCCUAUGUCUUUUGAUAAGCACGAAAAGAUUUUUGAUAGGACUGAGAUCCAGACUGUUGGCAGGGAUAGAAAUCGAUUGGAGACCACAUGCGGAGAGACUGGCCGUUGUUGAAAAGUCAGAUUAUGGUUGAAAGCAUUAUCAGACUCAUACUUCUUUGGAACGAUGAACAGGGCAUUGUCGCGUAGAAUUAUGGUAUCAAAUUAGCGCCGAUGGAGGUUGUUGUAAUCAGUGUUGACGAACACCUAGUUGCUGAUGGUGUUCGUAGUUGACCGCCGGACUAGCCGCUCUCCGAAUUUAAUAACUGCCCAAACCACUAACCACCGGCGGUUCUUGAAGGUUGCCGUCGGCAUAGUAUGCUCUUUAGGAAAGUUCUUUCCGCCUAUGACCAUCUGGGUCGACUUUGUAGGGCUGUCUAAAAAUAAACCUCAUCUCAGAAGUAAAUGCUCUUUCAGUAUGAGGUCCGGAAAUCAAUAUAUUUCUUAGCAAAUAAAAAAACGUUUUCUGAUACGUUUUCUACUUAAAGACGGCUUGGCCGUGGCCAUUUGGUGACGAAGCUCAAACUCCCGCAUCCUUUUUCUAAUUAUGUUCAUGGAGAACAUCGGCAGAUGUUCCCUGUGAAUGGUCUUAGUUGGCAUAUAAUGAUACGCUUUUAAUGCAUGACGAAUAAAAUCGUCGUCUUGCUUACUUGUGGGCUGUUUUGGUACACCCUGCAUAUCUCUAGCCACGGUUCCAUCAUUAAGUACUCACUACAGUGUAACCUUACAAAUCUUAAAAAUACUUGCCAGUGGCCUAUGCGACAAUCCCUCUGCUGCUAAUCUCCUUAUCUCCUCGUAGUCGACUGCUGAUAGAAAGUGCCUUGACAUUUUUAUUGCACGGCGUGACAGAGAAAAGUGACGGCACAUCGUGGGUACACAAUGUACAUUUCUUUACGUCUAACAAUUCUCGGUGUGGCAAAAUAAGCUACUGUCAAGCGACUUUAUUGCUUUGUUUUAUGUCACGAAACGCCAUAAAUUUACAAAACAGAAUUUUAUAAUCUGAAUUCCCCCCUUUUUGGAGACAAUCAAUUUUCUCCUACCCGCCUUUACCUGAUUUUCAUGGAAAUAAUAUCGAACUUUCCGUUCCCAGAAGGGAUUUAUUUGAUACUUUUCCUGUUUAUAUUAGCCACUGUCUACAGCACAAUACGCAUAAACAAUAGAGUUUGGUCUGUGAAUUUCAAUAGCAUAAGAAAUCUCCUGGAUAUCAAGAAAGGUCAGAUUUCACCCAAAUCUGGCCUGUUUUCCUUUAAUAAGACUAAGUUGAAGUGAAUCCCCCUUCAAUAAAUGGCUUUCUAAAGUCAAUUCAAAAAACACAAAUAAAAAUACCAAAUGUAUGACUUAUUUUUCACUCACAUUUCGAUCACGACAUUUCAUGAGCUAGACCACCAACUGGGGGCGUGUGGUUAUACAGCCACUGACCGUCGCAUCCCACGAUGUCCACUGUGUGCCCCACAGCAAUGUGAAGCAGGCACGGUAACUUGCCUGUCAAUGAGUUUAUAGUCAAUGCCGACUUGAGCUGCAUCUGCCGCACUCUCCCCUCCUCCCCCACCUGUGUCUGGUGUCAAGACAGAGUCAAGAAAACCGGAGACGGUGGAGGGCGCAGGUGGAUGGCACGACCGAGCCCGCACCUAGGCGCUCCAUUCCACACCUCCUGGUUCACUCAACAAACACUUGACCAGGAUUUUGACCAACAACACAACAAAAACAACAGAACAACAGAAAAGACGAUGACUGGGCAGCCAUACACACGACCUUUAUACCCAGCGGAAGCGCACGCGAAUCUACCGACAGGAAACCAGGUGUCAGAAAACUGCCGCCGCAUAUCAGGCUGCGAGGGCCAUGGUUUGCUGAUACUGGCACAGCACACACUCACAAACCUUGGCACUUUACUACAUAAAUACUGUCGCCUCCUGUGUUACUGGCUCCGAUGAUGCAUUCAUAACUGAAGUUAACAUCUUGCCGGCAACCUGCACAUUUGAGUGGUAUGCAUUUUAAGUCGGAUUUGAGAGGUCCUCUACCUCCAAUAACUGUUUCAUGGGAGGAUGCGCGAAGACUUCACCCCAUACACUCAUUUUGCGGGAAGUUAUAGCCGCAGUGAUUGCGCUAUCUCAUGGAAUAUUGGCCGAAAUUCGGAAGUGCGUUUCCGAUCUGAACCGGCAAAUUACAUAGGGUUUUUAGAUCAAUGAUCGUGCAGCAUAAUCCCGAGGAAUUUCAGUCCAGGCCGGGUCUCGGCCUUUGAAUGACCCUGUUUCCUGAAGUCCGCAAAAACCCCACUCUGAAAAAAUUGGUUAUUCAAAUAGUGUGCACUUUUCUCAUUGAUUUUCGAUGUCCUUGCAAAUUCAAAUAAAUUUUAUGGAAAAGAUCACAAAAGUGCCCGGUAUUUUGCUCAUAUGAUGGCAAAUUACGUUUUCUUUAGGUUUUUUAUUCUAAUAAUGGAUGCUACCGCUUUUAAUAAAGUCGCUAAAAUGUAAUUUUUAAGACCGUGAAAUGGCCAUUCACAAAGUAUCAUAUCUCUGUAUUUAUUAAUGCCGUUUACAAAGUAUGCAAUAUAAUUCAAGUCAACCACAAAAUUCCAUAAAUCCCAUACGGUACCUUCUUAAUGGUGUGCAGAAAUUAAUGAUUUUCCGGGCAUGGAGUAUAUGAAGCCUGUAGUUCGGUAACCCAGCUUGCAUGUGUAACGCCAGGUCGGGUCCACAUUUGUUCAGGGAAUAAAAAAUUGUUUAAGACCCAGUUAUACUCUUUCUUUAAGCUCCAACCCUAAAGAAAACGUUGUUUUCUGCCAGAAGAGAAGAAGAAAAGACAUUUUUUACAUUUUUCUACAAAAUACACUUGAAUUUAUAAGGGCAUCGGAAAUUAAUGGGAAAAGUUAUGCUACUUAAAUAGCCGUUGUUUGCAGAAUGCAGUUUUUGCAGACGACCGGAAGCAAGCCCAUUUAAAAGCAAGAUAAUUGAAAAUACAACCCUGCAAGGGUAAUCUUCUCGAGUCAAAAACACGUUUCAGACUUCCGACUAACAUUUCACGGAAUAGUCUGUAGUUAUUCCUAUGGUGGGAGUGCCUCCAUCGACCAAGUUACCCGACGUGCUUGUUCAGUUUCGUCUUGCGACUAAAUUUAGAGUUCUUACAGAAAAUCCCAUAGCAAAACGUAAGGUAAGCUGUUAAUAUGCAUAUUUCCCCCACUAGCACAUUGACGGAGGAGCACCUCUAACACGGGAACGGUGAGAAAAAGGGGUUUUACGGAUGAGGAGUUGACGUCCUUACCGAAAGCUUAUUGGCCAUCCUGUUUCCGGAUCAGUUGCUUAACCUCUGCCCGAAAAUAAGCAUGUAUCACUUCCUUCAUGCAGCCGCGCGAUUUCCUACUGACGGCAUUUUAUACUACGUAUGAUUAGAUUCGGAAUUAAUAAAUACAUCAAAACAGGCAUGUGACCCACAUAAUUUCAGCCGUAUAGGCCCCACCCAUGAAACCCCUUUAAAGGGCAUUCCCAUGUUAGAUAUGGUCUUGCGCCAAACGGUUGCGAAUUUUUAUGUAUUCACGUUCAAUCAAAAGUAAUUAUGCAAUAAUUUUGUAAUCGAUAGGACAACGGGUUCGUGGCCCAAUGAUAGCGCGCUGGACUAUGCAAAGUUUGCUGGCCAAACAGCAUGGGUUCGAAUCCCAAAUGCGCCAGACCUGACGUUGAGCAAGGCUGGAUGGCAACCGUUAACAAGGCAGAAAUGGCCAUCCAAGUCCCAUCCGUAUUCUGCAUUCUGCAUAAUUACCUAUUACUCCAUGCUCCGAAACGCCACCUGCGCUAUUGCGAGUUCCAUAUGCUUUUCAAACUGCAUUCGACUAUUUAUUCCAAAACCAAUGCAUGCAUUCCUUCCAGCCGGACAGUCCUACUGAUGCUCCAUUGAAGAGUUCCCAUUACUCGUAAAGUAAUUCAGUAGAUGCGGACAGUGUUGUAUGCCAUGACGGCAGCGUUAUUAGGCUUUCUAAACUAGACAGCACAUAAAUGUUAGAGUGUACCAGCAGACCAUAAAGACGUUCGUUUCAUAACUGGAAUGCACAACCAUACCUCAGAUGACAUAUAAGAAGAAAACGUAACCUUUCACAAGAUGGAAAUGAAAAGGAAUUGACCGAGCAUGCAUGCUGCCUACCAAUAAGCAAGGGGGAGCGCACGCCGCUCAAGAAGGACACUAUCGAUCCAUCCUGUUCACAUUCUCCCCGUGCAUUCACUCCACACAUCAGCCUAGUCGGUCGCUUACGGAUCCAUCUCACAGAGACUGGCGAGUCAGUACCUGGAGUACCAGCCUACACUCGCCUCAUCCGCCUCCACUUUCCCGCACUCAUCGCACGGGUCUAUUAGGAAAUAUACGCAUUCACGAAAACCUGCGGUAGACGACCGCUGGCUACACCGCAGCGUCACAUCUCCCCCCACCAAACAACACCAUCACCCAUCACAAACAUCCAACUGCCAUCUCCAAUGAAAGUGGGAAGUGUGCUUCUCGACUCCUUCUCCAUGCGGCUCCUCUGCACCAUGUGAGAUCCCAGUUUGAGGUUCUCAGGGUGCGCCAAGCGCCGUGGUAGGGGGGGCUGCCGACUGACGCCCCAGCUCAGUCCACGCAGUCUGACCAGUCGUGCGUGCUUGUGUGGAGCGGCAGGCUGGUGGGCUGGAAGCCAGGCUCCAUCCAAAGUGACCUGUGACACUCACGCAUGUGACGAGUGCGUGCGUGCUUUAUGAGUAGUGCCUCUCAGUCAGCGACUGUUUGUAUAUUCCCGAUCGAAAACCGACAGGGCAACGGGCUCGUGGCCCAGUGGUUAGAGGCGGGGACUUCUAAAUAACAGGUCGCGAGUUUGAGCCUCGGGUGUUCCACACUUCGGGGUUGGGUAUGAUCGGCUGACGACGGCUAAUAAGCCAGAAAUGGCCAUUCCAGUCUCCCUUGUCUUUGUCAGUAAUGUCAUUCUACUGUUUGGUUACCCAGCCUUGAAGGGUGACGGCCCAGGCAAAUGCAGGGCCACGUGUCACAUCGCUAUGGGACACUCAGUGGACAUCGUCGGCAACUACGAUCAAACUGUCGGAAGUAGGACAAGUUCCUUGUCAAUGCCAUCCAUUCAGGCGGCUGGUAAUAUGUUCAGCCAUAGCCCAACAUACUUGAUAUUAUGUUUCAUGUUACUCAGUGUUGCAGCUUCUUUUAGGUACACUUUCCUACUUAACGGUCAGUGGGACUUGCUUUCAAAAAGGGGCACGCGUGAGAGGGCAGCAGAGGAACUAAAUGACACCACGACAUGCUGUAACCAGCCUUCGCAGAGUCCGCGCAUUUCGUAAAAAGCGCCGCACUUGGACGAACGUAGUGGCAUGCCGCGCCAAAUACCUACGCCCAAUUUUGCAUCAAAUGGCUGACUGGCUGGGACAGUGGACUGGUGCCUGGGGGAGAGAGAGAAGAGAGUGUGGUCGUCCCCACGGCAUUCACUACAUGUUCCCCACUAUAAAUAAUCUGACGCAUUCCUAAAAACUAUCAAGGUGCGGCGAACGUUGUGGUUUGCAAGGUCGUCAGCUGAGGGGAUAGCCCGGUACUCCUCUCAGGACGGAGAUUCAGGCCGCAGUGACUCUUAAUACUGCUCAAGUGAGAUCCGAGUUCCCUUGCUUUCGCGAAAGCCCAAUCCUUCAUGACAGAGCCAGACGUGUGCGGCACAUGUAGACGAGUUUUUUUGACUUCAUCGGUCACCGCACCCGAGCCCGCCUCCCGUCCUACUGAUUCUGUCUUGUCACCGGUCCCGAAUGGGCAUGGGAGGAGGUGCGGCGGAGGCUGUGCAAGUCACCCCUCCCCGCGUCCGCCAUACUGUAGGCGCAAUCUCGGUCAGAUGUGUUUAUGCAACCGCACCUGAAGUAAACAAACCCCAGCCACCCGUAAUACGAGACCGGUUGUAAUGAGGGCUUUUACAGGUGGGACCGGGGGACACACAGACGACGAGGUCAAGUAGUUGUAAGCAAAAGAAAAGCUAUUGGGAAUGCGCGGCUGUAAUUCGAGUGGUUGAGCAAUAAUUGUCCUGACCCCUAACCCUAACUCCUAGUUAUAACCCACAAUCCUAAACCUCCACCCCGAACUAUAACUCCUAGCCCUAGACCCUAAUCAUAAACCCUAAUCCUAACCCUUAAGCAAAACCCCAGUAGUAUUGUGUCCAUCUAGUGGGGCUGCCCAAACCACAUCUUACCCAAAUGUAAACUAACAGAAGACAAUUAGGAAAUCAGGAUUGGAACCCCGGUUUUCCUUGCCAUUGUUUGACCGUCGUGACCGACAAUGCCACCGUGUGCUCCAUAGCAGGGUGAGAGCAGGCACGCUGACUUGUACAUGGUGACCCUUAACCCUAAUCCCAGCCUCAACCCCUAACUCUAGCUCUAGCGCCUACCCAUGACCUCUAGCCCCAACCCCAACAGUAUUGUGUUCAUCAGGUGGUGCUACAUAACCACAUCUUACCACGGUCUCUCUCGAUGGGUGAACUGCCGUGUCAUUUAACGGAACGCGUCAGGAUUCCAGUCUGUGUUUAAUGAGCCUCAGUUACCGAUACGUCUGAAACGACAGGCCAAUUGCUUGCUGACUGACAGGUGUCAUUUACAUUCUUUCAGCAGCCAGUUGAAAAAAAAUUUUGAUUCAGGCUUAUGGACAGGCGUUCGACUUCACAAAUUAUGCUCGUGGACUCACUCAGCGCAUAGUGUGGUAGGCGUGCCGAUAGUGAACAUUUGCGUGGGGGGGAGGGACUGUAUGCACGUAAAAACUGUCAGUCGUCGGGCCAUGCGUGCGUCCCCGUGGUGCAGGCGGUCUGUUGGGCUGUCAAUAUCAACUUGCGUGCAGUAAACAAGCACUGUGCAGCUUCGUACCAAAGUCUACCUACAUGCAUUUAUUUAUGCUACAGGAUUUCUGUCAGCUGAGGCAGGGCCUGAUCCUCGGGUGUGAGCUGACGCUUGCACGGAAUGACGAAAAUGAAACUCACACUGACUACUGUGAGCCAGUAGGUUUCUAGAGUGUUGGGAAUCUAUCCGCCGAAUGAUUCCGCCUGUAAAAGGCUUCGGCCAUCUGAAACAGUCAUUUAUUUGGGUCACAUUUCAUGCGUGAGUAUGUAGCGGCCAGGCGAUGAGAGUAAGUGCCCGGUGCACUACAAUCAUCAAUUCAAAUUCCAUGUUGGAAGGAGAAGACAGAAGGCACCAGAAUGAGGGGUUUAUUGUGCGCAGGACCCGUAGUUGUCCUCUCAGGUGGUAUUGGCCACUGGAAAAGUCAGAGCUGGUGUUGACUGCGUCCCGUCACGCCCGAGAGUCUCUGGGACAGUGGUGGCAGCCGCUUUUGUAGGCUCGUGGGCCAAACUCAAGUGGUCUCCAAACGGUGUGUGUUACGUUUCCCGAGGGGUGGUGUCCCAGCGGCUUAGCUUGUGGUUGCAGGGGAGAAGGUGCGUUCAAGUGACCGCACGGGCAGCUGCGACUAUGUGGACGCAGGUAUGUUCGAGCUGAAAUCAGUCCACUGGCUGCAGGUCAGCGUGUCUGGAACGGCUCACACCAAGGGGUGAAUGAUCUUGAGACGGCAAGGCCUUGGACAAUGACGCUGGACUGUCCAUUAUGGCUGCCCGCAACAGGUAUGCCACUCAUACGGGGUGGAUUUGCUGGACUAACACGGGAGUCAGAUGAGAUUCUGGUAGAAGUUAUUGGGGAUGCGCAACCGUGACAAAUGUCGACAUUUGGGGUGUGGUAGCACGCCCAGCUGCAGACCCACUCCGCUCCAAAUGGAAUUCAAGACCCCUGUUUCUUUCUUUCGGUAUAAAAUUCUGGUCAGUGUGAGUUGCCGGCCAGGUGAUGUAGUGGUACGCCUAGGUGCGGGCUUACACCUUGCCAGUCAACUGUGCACCCUCCCGCUUCCGGUCCUCCUGACUCUUUCUUGGCACCAGACCCAGAUAGGUAGUGGGGGGGAGAGAGGGAAGUAGAUGCUGCACAAGUCUGCUAUCACUUUAAGGCAACUCACGCGCAAGCCUCCGUCUCUACUCUCACUCUGAUGUGGAGCGCACGGAGGGCAUUGUCGGAAGUAACAGUUCAACUGUCGUGGGGUGUACAUAUACAAAUAUAUAUAUAUAUAUAUAUAUGAUGUUAAGGGGCGCUCACCGAUCGUUCAUACGGAACUCACUCGUUCCGUUGUGCCUUAAGGGCUCUCUCUCGAGCCCAGCCUAUAUAUAUAUAUAUAUAUAUAUAUAUAUAUAUAUACAUAUACAAAUACACAUGCCGUCUUACUUCGCUUACUAUUUCCACCAUUUCGUUUGCUUGAUCCGAUGAUUGGUUCAAGUCGGGUUUCACGAAGAGAGGGCUGGGCGGAUAGCCUGCACCUUGGACAGGCAACCAGAGGUGGACUCUCAGAGGGGACCAAUUAACAGGUACGAGUGAUUUAUGUAGCCCACUUGACCGAACUCACUGCCAGCGAAAAUUCUCGCUGAUCAUCCGAAGCACAAGCUAGCCCCGCAGCCCCGUCUUCCUGAAUUCUGAUUUGGGACAAUCGUUGGAUGAAGUAAGGAGGUUAGUGACUCAAAAGAGGGAAACUGGGGUGACCAUUUCUGGCUCUUAGUCUUCACCAUCCAGACACACCCAGUCUAUGAUAUGGGACACCUGAGAUUAGAAAUUAGGACCUCUGAUCAUUGAGUCAGACGCUCUAUCCGUUGAGCCACGGACCCAUUCUCUCGUCGGUUGCGACUGGGAAUAUUAGCAGUGACAGAAGGGCUCUCAUCGAUCGGUUACGGGACCUGUUCGUUUCCUUGUGCUUUGCGACUCGAUCUAGAGACCCGUAGGCGUUCGGACAGCGACUACUUGUACAGGUAAGGGGGUGUCGGCAUUAAAUAACCAGUCAGUCUACCACUGAGUCACGGGUCCUUUGUCAUUUCGGUUGUGAUCGGGAAUGUUGAGGGACGCUCACUAAUCAGGUUACGGGGCGUGCUCGGUCCGACGAGUCUUGUGACUCACUCCAGGGCCCCCAUAGACAGCUUUGUUGUGGUUAAGCGGUGUGAGUGUGUGCAGUCUGAGCGCUACCAUUAUCAGGGCAAAUCCUAGUGUUGGAAGGAGAAGAGAGAGGGC